UUCAUCUCCUGCCCUUCAAGCGGUGUGUGAGUCACGGGCAGUUUUCUGUGGAAACCGAGGGGAUCUCACUGGGAAACUCCUGGUGUACUUGCCAAAAGUCUGUUUUAAUGAAGGCUCGUUUUAUUUCGGCUCCUAAGUGGUGAGAAGUUAGGCUGACUUGAUUAACACUGAAAGCCUGAAACAUGCUGCUGGAUGGUGCGUUCACUGUCUUACUUCUGAUCAGUGGAGCUUCUGCUGUGUCAGUUCCGCCUCCAACAAAAGUGGUGGUGAGCUGCCAAAAUCUCAAAGUCACAGUCAGCUGGGAAUACAGCAAACCGCAACCACAAACCACCUUCAGGGUAGAAGUCAAAGGUUCUACUGUAAAUGAUGAGGAAGAAACCACCACAGACCAUCAGUAUGAUCUGAGCCACUUCGUCUGGGCAUCUGAUGAGCGCUACAUGGGCUUUAAUUAUGUCAGUGUAACAGCCAUACAGGGAGGCCACCGGUCUGUUCCAGUACCGUCUAAAACAUUCAGCUUCUCAGCGCACAAGACAGCUGAUAUAAUAUGCAAAUUAAAUUUCCCUCCUGUGGAUCUGAAAGUGGAGGAUUCGGGGGCCAAAGUGAUGUUCAGAAAUCCCCUGCACUACUACAGUGAACUGAAGCAGGCUGACAAUUCUGCCUCCUUUAAAUUCACAGUCUCUCCAGGUGGUGAAGGUGAAUGCCUACGGAGCCAGGAGAUCUGCGUACGCGAGAUUGAAUUUCCUGAGGGUGCAGAGCAGUGCGUCAAUCUGACAGGAUCGUUGAUUGUCGACAAUCAAUUGGUAUCGUUCAGUGAGACACACAACAUCUGUCGCAGUAUCCCACCUUGGGUCUAUGUGACAGUGGGAAUUAUACUGCUGUUGGUUUUAGUUGUCGUACUGACUGUGGUAUCAAUCUUCAUCUGUAUGACAAGGCCCCCGGAAGAUGAAAACUCCCACCUACCUAAGAAUCUGCAGCCAAACCAUGGGAAACCGUAUUAUACUGUGAACCCCCCACACAUCAGUCCUGUUGUAGUACUGACUGUCAACGAGCCCGGCACAGAGGAGGAAGCUGAGCAUUUGACAUCGGAGGGACAGAAGACAAAUGAUGACGACUCUUCAGAUGGCUCGGUGAAAACAGAGUGCACUUCGGUUGAUGAUGAGGAGGAGGAGAAGGGGGAAGAGUCAACGUCAUCAUAUGACCGCCCACAGAAUCUGCAGGUGGACAUGGGUGAUGCAGAGAUGGUCACAGGUUACAGCGGGUGUUAAUGCAACGGAUGAUUGGGGAUUCGUUAAAUGUUUUUAAUUCAGUACCACUAUAGCUCGGGGCAAACUACACACUAUAAAGCUUAAAGCAGCGCACUAAGAGGAGUCGGCGCCUUGCUCAAGUGACCCCUGAGAGAAGUUUGGAGUGAUGCUGUCCCCCCAUCACCCUCAAACCUCAAACCGUCUUUUUGACUGCAGAUCGAAUGAAAGAUUUUACUCUCUGAAGUGACCCCAUCCUCUCUCCAUCUAAACUGAUUGUUCAGUAUUGCCUGUAGGGUGCUCCAGGAGGGAACAACCACUAACCUAUAAGCACCUUUUUAAACAUGUUUAAGGAUAUUGUUGCCUCUUGAGCUGUUUUUACGCAUUUAAUACAAAUCUGAGGGAGAAUCGAGGAAAAAGACCGAUCCUUUGCUACAACAUCAAAGAACUGCAACACAAAGAAGUUUUAAAGACUGUUACCUGCACAUGACCACUGGAGCCACAUUUUGGAAUAUGACUUUCCACAACAUGAAGUAUCUGCCUCAUUCUUACCCACUUUAAAACAUUUUAUCAGACGCAGCAGUGCAGAGUUUUUAAGAACGGCUACAUUAAAGCACACAAUAGGAAGAUUUUUUUUUUUUUUAUCAAGUUUUUUUAAUAUCAGCUGAAACUGCUGGUUUAGAGUAGCUGUUAUUCAUGAAGGAAGGUGUAUUCAUUUUGAAGGGACACACAAAAGCAUGUUUCCACUUGUGUUAAGUGGUAUCUAACCAUGUAGACAGUUUAGGUUUUAUUUGCCCAGGUUUGGACAUGAGAUUUCUGUUGCCUCUUUUUACAAAUAUUCUAAGAAAUAAUCCACUUUCACCAGUUUUCACAAAGGAUAUUUCUGUGGUAGAAAGUAGUUCCAAUGAAAUGUAUUUAUGACAAGGUCUGGAUUGUCCAGAGCAAACACGGAAACUUGUUUAUGCAAAAAGAUGUGCAAGUUGAAUCUUUUGGCAGCAAAACUUGGACUCAUAUUUCAAAUCCUGGACAAAUAAAACCAAAUUACCUACAUGACUUAGUAGCCCACCACUAGAAGCAAAAAAAGUGUACUAAAAUAAUAAAAGUAAACGGAGCGCACCUCACACAAUCUGGACUUUCCCAGAAACUGGUUUUAAAAAUCCAUUUGAACCUUGCUUGCAGUGCCACACCUACAAUUAUCACACAAGUGUUUCCAUCUGUUGUGUUACCUGCGGCAUGCAAAACUGGCUCUGUUGGCAAUGCGGGGGUGUUGUUCAUUUGCAUCAAGAGGAUUAGGGUUUUUUUGCAUUACCUCAAGGUGGCUCAUCUUUUUAAAGUUGUAAGUUUGUGUAACCUUUUAUUGUAUAAGACUCGCUUUUAUAUAGUUUUUAAUUUGAUUAUAAUUAAUACUAAUUUUACAGUAUGUGUU